AAAAAAGUGAUUUGAAUUGUAUUGAAUGAAUGGAAAUGUUUCAUAUCACACUGUGUUUCUUCUGGUUUUAGUGCUGAUGUCCUUCAUCUCUUCUGGACUCACUGAAGAGUCAGAGACGGAGACAGAUGAUGAAACCAAGACAAACUCAUCCAUUAAAGAUGAAGUGAAGGUGACUCCAGAUCAGCGUGUGUUCAGAGAAGAGACUCUCACAUGUGACGUACAGGGAGCAGGAACAGACACGCAGUGGACAUACAGCUGGUUUAGAGAUGGUUCAGUCAUCAGAGACGCCACUGAGAGAGUCUACAGCAUCACAUCCGUGUCUUACAGUGGUGAAUACAGCUGUAGAGGAGAGAGAUCAGACAUCAGUGCUGCUGUUACACUGACUGUAUCAGUGACACAUGCAGUGAAGGUGACUCCAGAUCAACGUGUGUUCAGAGGAGAGACAGUCACUCUCACAUGUGACAUACAGCGAGCAGGAGACAUUCAGUGGAGAUACAGCUGGUUUAAAGAUGGUUCAGUCAUCAAAAACGUCACCAAGAGAGUCUACAGCAUCACAUCAGAUGGGUCUGACUUGAGUCAGUACAGAUGUGAAGCACAGACAUCAGACACCACUGCUGCUGUUCAUCUGACUGUAGCAGCUUUACCCACAUCUACACUGACUGUGACACCAGACAGAUCUGUAUUCACCGGAGAGAGAGUCAAUCUGAAGUGUGUUAUAGAGUCUGAUCACAGUGACUGGAGAUAUGAGUGGUUUAAAGACAGUGCAAUGUCACAGACGUCUGAUCGUUACACUGUAAACACAGACACUCUCAGUAUUAUUGGAGUAACUACAUCUGAUCAGGGUUAUUACAGGUGUAAAGGACACAUAGAUGGAAGAUCAGUCUCAACAAAUGUUGGCUCUGCUGUUUAUCUCUCUGUGACGGAGAGACCCAAACCUGUAGCUCGUGUUCAUCCUGAUAGACGUGUGUUCAGAGGAGAGACGGUCACUCUCACAUGUCACAUACAGCAGACAGGAGUCUGGCAGUACAGCUGGUAUAAAGACAACAAACAAGUUUACAGAGCAGGACAAAACCAGAACUAUAUAAUCUCAUCUGUGGAUCCGUCUCAUGGUGGUGUGUACAGCUGUAAAGGAACUCAGUCAGAAGCACCAACACACACACAGAUGAGUGACGGAGUUACACUGACAGUAUCAGAUAAACCACGACCGACUCUGACUGUAAAUCCUGAGAGUUCAGUGUUCACUGGAGACACAGUUACUCUGAGCUGUGAUGUGGAGCAGUUAACUGGAUGGACAAUUCACUGGAGCAAAGACUCAAACACUGACUCCAGGGGUGAUGCAACUAAAACAAUCAGGUCUGUGAGAGUCUCUGAUGGAGGAAAUUACUGGUGCAGAGCAAAACGAGGAAACUACUACAGCGAGUACAGUUAUGCAGCUGUGAUAACAGUAACAGAGAGACCCAAACCUGUAGCUCGUGUUCAUCCUGAUAGACGUGUGUUCAGAGGAGAGACGGUCACUCUCACAUGUCACAUACAGCAGACAGGAGUCUGGCAGUACAGCUGGAAUAAAGACAGCGGACAAGUUUACAGCGCAGGACAAAACCAGAACUAUAUAAUCUCAUCUGUGGAUCCGUCUCAUGGUGGUGUGUACAGCUGUAGAGGAACUCAGUCAGAAGCACCAACAUACACACAGAAGAGUGACGGAGUUACACUGACAGUAUCAGAUAAACCACGACCGACUCUGACUGUAAAGUCCCAGAGUUCAGUGUUCACUGGAGACACAGUUACUCUGAGCUGUGAUGUGGGACAGUUAACUGGAUGGACAAUUAUCUGGAGAAAAGACUCAAACACUGACUCCACGGGUGAUGCAACUAAAACAAUCUGGUUUGUGAGAGUCUCUGAUGGAGGAAGAUACUGGUGCAGAGCAAAACGAGGAAACUACUACAGCGAGUACAGUAAUACAGCUGUGAUAACAGUAACAGAGAGACCCAAACCUGUAGCUCGUGUUCAUCCUGAUAGACGUGUGUUCAGAGGAGAGACGGUCACUCUCACAUGUCACAUACAGCAGACAGGAGUCUGGCAGUACAGCUGGUAUAAAGACAGCGGACAAGUUUACAGAGCAGGACAAAACCAGAACUAUAUAAUCUCAUCUGUGGAUCCGUCUCAUGGUGGUGUGUACAGCUGUAGAGGAACUCAGAGAAAAGCUCCAACAUACACACAGAAGAGUGACGGAGUUACACUGACAGUAUCAGAUAAACUACAGCCGACUCUGACUGUAAAGUCCCAGAGUUCAGUGUUCACUGGAGACACAGUUACUCUGAGCUGUGAUGUGGGACAGUUAACUGGAUGGACAAUUAUCUGGAGAAAAGACUCAAACACUGACUCCACGGGUGAUGCAACUAAAACAAUCAGGUCUGUGAGCGUCUCUGAUGGAGGAAAUUACUGGUGCAUAGCAAAACGAGGAAACUACUACAGCGAGUACAGUAAUACAGCUGUGAUAACAGUAAAAGAGAGACCCAAACCUGUAGCUCGUGUUGAUCCUGAUAGACGUGUGUUCAGAGGAGAGACGGUCACUCUCACAUGUCACAUACAGCAGACAGGAGUCUGGCAGUACAGCUGGUAUAAAGACAACAAACAAGUUUACAGCGCAGGACAAAACCAGAACUAUAUAAUCUCAUCUGUGGAUCCGUCUCAUGGUGGUGUGUACAGCUGUAGAGGAUCUCAGUCAGAAGCACCAACACACACACAGAUGAGUGACGGAGUUACACUGACAGUAUCAGAUAAACCACGACCGACUCUGACUGUAAAGUCCCAGAGUUCAGUGUUCACUGGAGACACAGUUACUCUGAGCUGUGAUGUGGGACAGUUAACUGGAUGGACAAUUAUCUGGAGAAAAGACUCAAACACUGACUCCACGGGUGAUGCAACUAAAACAAUCAGGUCUGUGAGCGUCUCUGAUGGAGGAAGAUACUGGUGCAGAGCAAAACGAGGAAACUACUACAGCGAGUACAGUUAUGCAGCUGUGAUAACAGUAAAAGAGAGACCCAAACCUGUAGUUGAUGUCGAUCCUGAUAGAUGUGUGUUCAGAGGAGAGACGGUCACUCUCACAUGUCACAUACAGCAGACAGGAGUCUGGCAGUACAGCUGGAAUAAAGACAACAAACUUUACAGAGCAGGACAAAACCAGAACUAUAUAAUCUCAUCUGUGGAUCCGUCUCAUGGUGGUGUGUACAGCUGUAGAGGAUCUCAGUCAGAAGCACCAACACACUCACAGAUGAGUGACGGAGUUACACUGACAGUAUCAGAUAAACCACGACCGACUCUGACUGUAAAGUCCCAGAGUUCAGUGUUCACUGGAGACACAGUUACUCUGAGCUGUGAUGUGGGACAGUUAACUGGAUGGACAAUUAUCUGGAGAAAAGACUCAAACACUGACUCCACGGGUGAUGCAACUAAAACAAUCAGGUCUGUGAGCGUCUCUGAUGGAGGAAAUUACUGGUGCAUAGCAAAACGAGGAAACUACUACAGCGAGUACAGUAAUACAGCUGUGAUAACAGUAAAAGAGAGACCCAAACCUGUAGCUCGUGUUGAUCCUGAUAGACGUGUGUUCAGAGGAGAGACGGUCACUCUCACAUGUCACAUACAGCAGACAGGAGUCUGGCAGUACAGCUGGUAUAAAGGCAGCGGACGAGUUUACAGAGCAGGACAAAACCAGAACUAUAUAAUCUCAUCUGUGUAUUGGUCUCAUGGUGGUGUGUACCGCUGUAGAGGAACUCAGUCAGAAGCACCAACACACACACAGAAGAGUGACGGAGUUACACUGACAGUAUCAGAUCUGAAGCCAAAGCCUGAACUCACAUCAUAUCCUGCAGGAGCUGCGCUGACAGGAAACACAGUGACUUUGACCUGUCGCAUGGAUCCGGCCGCUGGAUGGGACUUUUACUGGAACAAACACACACUGAACUCUGAGACAAAGACAGAAACAAACUCCUCCAGAGUUCAGAUUGAUUCAGAGUCUGAUGGAGGCCAGUACUGGUGUAGAGCUGGAAGAGGAAAACCAGUCUACUACACACAAUACAGUGAUGCACUGUGGGUAAAUGUUACAGUGAGUCCUAAAGCUGUGGUGACGGUCCGGCCUGAUGAACGAGUGUUCAGAGGAGAAACAGUCGCUCUCAGAUGUGAUAUAAAGUGGGGAGGAGACACUGAGUGGACGUACAGAUGGGAAAUAGAGGGAACAAACAACCAAUAUAAAAACUCUGUCAGCCAAAUCUCAGCACAAGAGUUGAACAUCAGCAGUGUUGAUCACGUUCACAGCGGUAAAUACACCUGCAGAGGACAGAAAAACACACAAUGCUCUCAGCGCAGUGAUGCUGUUACUCUGACUGUAUCGGCUGAAGCUCGGGCAGCAGUGCGAGUGUCUCCACAGCCGUGGCUGACUGAAGGAGACUCAGUGACUCUGAUCUGUGAGGUUACAGGCUCCUCUACAGGCUGGACGUUCAGCUGGUUCAGAGAUGAUGAUCGUCUGUCAGACAGCAGCAGAGGAGCUGCAGGCUCUUACACUCUCAGUCCUGCUGCUCUACAGCACACAGGAGUUUAUACGUGCAGAGCAGAGAGAGGACGACCGGCCUAUUACACAAACUACACACAGACACUGUGGAUCACUGGUGUUUCUCCUUCAGUGUCUCUGGAGGUCAGUCCCAGCAGAAGUCAACACUUCUCGUCUGACUCUCUCUCUCUGAGCUGUGAGGAUCAGAGUAACUCUGCUGGAUGGACGGUGAGAAGAUACACAGACAGAAACACAGAAGAUUGUUCAAAACAAGCAGGAUCUACAUGUCGAAUCGUCUCUCUCAGCACAUCUGACUCUGGAGUUUACUGGUGUCAGUCUGAAUCUGGAGAGAAACGGCAUCCUCUCAACAUCACUGUACACGAUGGUGAUGUGAUUCUGGAGAGUUCUGUUGAUCCUGUGAUUGAGGGAGAUACUCUGACUCUACACUGUUUACAUCGAUCUACAAACUCCUCGAUCCUCGGAGCUGAUUUCUAUAAAGACGGAUCACUCGUCCAGAAUCAGACGACAGGAGAGAUGAACAUCAUGACUGUCUCAAAGUCACAUGAGGGUUUCUACUCCUGUAAAACAGAGAGAGGAGCGUCACCCAAGAGCUGGAUCUCCGUCAGAGUGUCACGUUCAGGUCAGAUUUCUGUCUUCAGCAUCCUCAGUUUUCUUCUGGCAGCUUGUCCGUAUCUGCUGUCGACCGUCGUGCUGCUGUUCAAAUGCUGCAGAGCGAGAGUUACCUCUACUGAAGACCACAGCCAGUUCUCCGUAACAGAGGAACACACUUCAACCUGAUAUUUCAUUCAUUCUCCAAACCGCAUGUAUAGAGUCACAGGAUGCUGGAGUCUGAGGCUGAAGGCUGGGAAACACUGAACAUGGCCAGUCCAUCACAAGACUAACAGACACACGAUCACACUCUCACACAUACGGAUGAUUUACUGUCUCUAAUUCACCUGUGCUGUGUAUUAGACCGUAUUAGACUGUGAGAGAAACCAAACCAACACACGGAGAACAGCAAACUCCACACAGAAAGACCUCCGGACUCAGCAUCUACUCCAAAACAAGUUUCUUAAUGUGAGUCAAAUACACUGUAAGCUAUUGAAAGAUGCCCUUUAAAGACACAACAAACAAAACCUGUUAAAUAAAA